AUGUCCCUUUCACAACGCGUUGUCAUUAUCGGUGCCGGCAUCGUCGGCACAAACCUUGCCGAUGAACUGGUCUCCAGAGGAUGGACAGAUAUCACCGUUGUCGAGCAGGGCCCGCUGAACAUGCCUGGCGGGUCGACGUCACAUGCCCCCGGCCUCGUCUUCCAGACCAAUACCUCAAAAACCAUGACACACCUCGCACGCUACACGGUGGAGAAGCUUUUAUCGAUAGAGCAGGAUGGACAAAAGUGUUUCAACCAGGUGGGUGGGCUUGAGGUUGCCACCACACCAGCGAGACUUGAGGAGCUCAAGCGUAAGCUCGGAUAUGCCUCCGCGUGGGGGAUCGAGGCUCGUCUGGUGAGCGCCGAAGAGUGCUUCAAAAUGUACCCUCAUCUAAACCGCGGUAUGGUGCUGGGAGGAUUGCACAUUCCCAGCGACGGCCUUGCACUAGCAGCUCGUGCCACACGGCUCCUCAUUGAGCGCACGAGAAAGGCGGGCGUCAAGUACCUUGAACACACACCAGUUACCGCCAUUGAGCGCGCAGGGCCUCGCGUGACUGGAGUGACUACUUCCAGGGGAAGCAUCCCAGCAGACAUCGUGGUCUCCUGCGCCGGUUUCUGGGGUGUUGAGCUAGGAGCCAUGGUAGGCGUGCAGAUUCCUUUAUUGCCACUGGCACACCAAUAUGCGAAGACAACCGCUGUCCCUGCUCUCGCCGGACGUGAAAUAAACUCCCAGAUCAACGGCAUGAAUGCUACUCUUCCAAUUCUCCGACACCAAGACCAGGACCUUUACUAUCGCGAACACGGUGAACAGUAUGGUAUUGGAUAUUACGGACACCGUCCCAUGCCCGUUGUUGCUUCAUCAUUGGGCCUCACUCCAAAGCACGUCGACGAGCACAACAUGCCCUCUCGUCUCGAAUUCACAAAAGAAGACUUCGACCCAGCCUGGAAGGAAACACAAUCUCUUCUUCCUAUGCUUCAAGAAACCGAGAUCGCCGACGGCUUCAACGGUGUAUUCUCAUUCACCCCGGAUGGAGGUCCGAUUCUCGGCCAACCAUCCCAUCUCGACGGCUUCUAUGUAGCUGAAGCGGUGUGGGUCACCCAUUCAGCAGGUGUCGCCCGAGCUCUGGCUCAGAUCCUCACAACUGGACACUCUGAUAUUGAUGUCUCAGAAUGUGAGCUAUCCCGCUUCGAGGAAGUUCAGCUCAGUCCCGAAUAUGUGAGCGAGACAUCGCAGCAGAACUUUGUUGAGAUAUAUGAUAUUCUUCACCCGCUUCAACCGCGUGAGUCUCCUCGCAAGCUCCGUGUCAGUCCUUUCCACGCCCGCCAGCAAGAGCUCGGAGCAUUUUUCUUAGAAACCGGUGGAUGGGAGAGACCAUGGUGGUAUGAAGCGAACAAAGAACUAGUCAAGGCUCUCCCGGCAUCAUGGAAACCCGUCGACAGAGACGCUUGGUCAGCCCAAUUCCACUCACCCAUUUCUGCAGCCGAGGCGUGGAAGACACGAAAUGCAGUUGCCAUGUUUGAUAUGACUUCUUUCCAUCGAUUUGAGAUCUCCGGUCCUGGGGCCGUUCAAUUACUCCAACGGUUGACUACCGGUGACAUGACCGCCAAGCCAGGCAGCGUCACCUACACUCUUCUGCUCAAUAACAACGGUGGUAUUCGCGGCGAUAUCUUCGUAUCGAGACUACAAGAGGAUGUUUUCCAAAUCGGCGCAAACAGUGCCACCGAACUCGCCUAUCUAGAAAGAGAGGCGCGCCUCCAAGGCACGCACGCCAGCCAAUGGGCUCAAGUCCGCGAUAUCACGGGAAGCACAUGCUGCAUUGGUCUUUGGGGUCCGCGCGCACGGGAAGUCAUCGAGGGAAUCAGCGUAGAUGAUUUCUCUAACAAAGGCCUACCCUAUUUCGGCGUGAAGAAGACCAUUCUGGCCGGUAUCCCGGUAACAAUUAUCCGCAAAUCAUACGUUGGGGAGCUAGGCUGGGAAAUCCAAACUAGCGCCGAAUACGGCCAGCGACUCUGGGACACGAUCUGGCAAGCAGGGAAAUUGCACGGCCUAAUCGCUGGUGGUCGUAGUGCUUUCAACUCGCUCCGACUUGAAAAGGGGUAUCGGAUCUACGGUGCGGAUAUGACGACCGAGCACAACCCCUUCGAAGCCGGAGUCGCCUACGCUAUCGACUCGAAGAAAACCGACAACUUCGUCGGCAAGGAUGCUAUACAGCGUCUCUCAACACAGACACCUACCCGCCGUCUUCGGCCGCUGACUAUCGAUGAUGGUCGUUCCAUCGUCCUGGGCAAGGAACCUGUCUUCUAUAACGACAAGGCUGUCGGCUAUGUCACAAGUGCUGGAUUCGGGUACACGAUUGGCCAGCCUGUUGCCUAUGCUUGGCUUCCUGGUACCGUGAACGACGGCGAAGGUGUGGAGAUUGAAUACUUCGGCAAGAGGAUUCGGGCGACGGUUUCGACAGAGCCGCUAUAUGAUUCCGAAAUGAGUCGUCUCACUCAGGAUGCGACGGCUGUUUCGCCGGGAUCUCGGAAUGCUUUCAGAUCCAGACUUUAA